GGAGGACAUUGACCUCUGACCUUUGAAUGCAUGCACUGGAGUGGGGAUUAUGGGUUACCGUAUCGAUAUCACGAGGGAGAGGAAGCAGAAAGGGGGAGGAACGUGUCCCUGUGGAUUCUCUUUGAAUAAAUACCUGUUCUCUUGCCCCCCAACUUGUUUCUCACUUCUUCACUCCUCCAUCACCGUCCUUCUUCGAAGCUUCUUGCUCUUUACAUUCUUAGUCCGCCUGUGGCGAUUUCGCAUUUCGACUUCCCUCUUUAUAUUUCUUCCGCGCAGUCCGGUACAGCGUUCUUUAUAUCUUUACAUUCUCUAGCCCCGGAGGUUUCAAUUCCUUAUAUCCUAAUCUUAUUACCGUCACCGACAACAUGCGCUUCCUCGCCGUCUCAGCAGUCUUGUUCCUUAACGCUGCGCUUGCCGUGCAAGCUGGUAUGUCUUGAAUGGAAAUUUAGUGCGAUAUUAGGCUAACUUUUUAUCCUCUAGCCCCUCUUGCCCGCGCUCACCACCCAAGAGGCUUUGAACUCAUCGCUCGCAACAAUGGCCGCGAUGGUGGGAAUGAUGUCGAGAUCAACAUCGACAUUGAGAUUGAGAUCGAAAACAAGAAGAAGGAUUACGAGCGCCGCAGAAAGAGUGACCAGGAUGAAUUGGACGCCCUCCGAGUCCAGAUUGAGAUUGAGGUAGAUAAUGACAGGAGAGAGGAGGAGAAGAGAAGGUAUGACGAGAAGAAGAGACAACAGGAAGAGAAGGACAAACAAGAGCAGGCCGAACUGCAGGAGUUGUUGGAGCAACUUCAGGAGCAGGAGGAAGAGAAGAAGGAGCAAGAGGAUGAAGAGAGAAGGUUGCAGGAAGAGCUCAAGAAGGCAGAGGAGCUGAGGAAGCAGAACCGUGAUAGGUACGACAACAAGGUUUGUUCUCUCUCACUCCAUCAUACCUUAUCGAUCAGAUUCUAACCCAACCUAGGACGUUGUCGUCGUCGUCAUCCAGAACAUUGUGAUUAUAGACUCGCAAGGAAUCCCCGCUCCCCCGCAGCCACACACUGUAGCCAAGGUCCUCUACAAGCUGCCGGGCGGCGCUGUCGCCACCGAGACCCAGUAUGGUAUGUCGCCCCUUACCAUCUUUGCCCUACCAAUGAUGUCCAGAGAGCCUGCUAACAAUCAUCCUCAAUAGCCACGGAAUUGGAGGUCGCCACGGUCACCCAAGCACCAGCUAACGCUACCGAGACCGCGGCCAUCGAUGCCACCACGAUAGAGACCACCGAUGCCGCUGCCACCGCGACCGCGACUGACGGAGCUGAGGUCACCGAAGGCAUCCCACCAACCGAGACCGCUGCCCCCACUGAGGCCCCUACGGCCGCCGAGACGGCCGCCGACGCCACUGCUCUCGCAACUUCUGAUGCCGCUACCGCUCCGGUGGGUACCGCUACUGCUCCUGUGGAGACCGCUACUGCUCCGGUGGAAACGGCGCCUGCUCAGACCACCGCCCCCGUUGCCAAGUUCUAGAUGUGAGGUUUUAUGAUUGACGGAUAAGCAAGCUAUGGUACUGCUGGCACUCUACCCACACACUUAGACGGGGUGAUCAUUGUCUAACGGUUAUGCCCAAUUUCCUUCUUCCUUUUUCUUUCUUUUCGCCAUCCCUCGCUCCUUCCUGGAAGGUGCUCAUCAUGUAAUUUAAUAAAUUAUUUCAUAUUAUUUCCUUGGCAUACCUGACUCAAUUCAAUUUGUUAUUAUUUG